AUGAGCCCCGUGGCAUUAAUGCUAGGCUUGAAGACCUUGUGGGUUUUGGCUUUUUCCUCUCUUUCCAACACGUUGGCGGUGAAUAACAGCGGCCGAUGGUGGGGAAUCAUCAACGUGGCUUCGUCUACCAACCUGCUGACUGAUUCCAAGAACGUGCAGUUGGUGCUCGACCCUUCCCUGCAGCUGCUGAGUCGCAAGCAGCGCAAGCUGAUCCGCCAGAACCCAGGCAUCCUGCACAGCAUCAGCAGCGGCCUGCAGACGGCCAUCAAGGAGUGCAAGUGGCAGUUCCGCAACCGACGGUGGAACUGCCCCACCACGCCAGGGCCCAACAUUUUUGGCAAGAUUGUCAACAGAGGUUGCCGAGAGACUGCUUUCAUCUUUGCGAUCACGAGCGCUGGCGUGACGCAUUCCGUGGCCCGCUCGUGCUCAGAGGGCUCCAUCGAGUCAUGCACGUGUGACUACCGGCGGCGAGGGCCAGGCGGCCCUGACUGGCACUGGGGCGGCUGUAGCGACAACGUUGACUUUGGCAGGGCCUUUGGACGCGAGUUUGUCGACUCCAACGAGAAGGGGCGGGACCUGCGCUUCCUGAUGAAUUUGCACAACAACGAGGCAGGACGUCUGACAGUCUUCACCGAGAUGCACCAGGAGUGCAAGUGCCAUGGGAUGUCGGGCUCCUGCACGGUCAAGACCUGCUGGAUGCGGCUGCCCACCUUCCGGACCGUGGGGGACUUCCUCAAGGACCGCUUCGACGGGGCCUCGCGGGUCAUCUACGGCAACAAGGGCAGCAACCGGGCCUCCCGCGUGGAGCUGCACCACCUGGAGCCCGAGAACCCCGCCCACAAGCCCCCCUCGCCCCACGACCUCGUCUACUUCGAGAAGUCGCCCAACUUCUGCACCUACAGCGGCAAGACGGGCACGGCGGGGACAGCCGGCCGCUCCUGCAACAGCUCCUCGCCGGCCCUGGACGGCUGCGAGCUGCUGUGCUGCGGGAGAGGCUACCGGACCCGGACCCAGCGGGUGACGGAGCGCUGCAACUGCACGUUCCACUGGUGCUGCCACGUCAGCUGCUUGAACUGCACGAACAUGCAGGUGCUGCACGAGUGCUUGUGA